AUGGAUAUAGAGGUAAAAGAGCAGCCUGUCCAUUGUUCACAUGUUGAAGCAGAAUUAGAUGGUUUGCCUUGGUAUUUUGACAUGAAGAAGUAUUUAGAGACCGGCACUUAUCCUGUGAAUACAACGGUCAACCAGAAGAAGUCAAUAUGCCAUAUGACCCUCAAUUUCAUUGAAAGUGGGGAAAUCCUUUAUAAGAGAACUCCAGAUUUAGGUCUUCUCAGAUGCGUUGAUGCUAGUGAAGCUCCAAAGCUUCUGGAACAGAUACAUGCCGGAGUUUGUUGUACUCACAUGAAUAGGCUCACUUUGUCAAGAAAGAUCUUUCGAGCCGGUUAUUUCUGGAUGACUAUGAAGCAUGAUCGUUGCAAGUUUGGAGUACCAGAAUCCAUCAUUACUGAUAAUGGAGCGAAUCUUAACAUUCAUCUGAUGAGAGAGGUAUGUGAACAAUUCAAGAUUACUCACCAAAAUUCAACCGCUUAUCGUCCCUAA